AUGAAUCGUGUGUGGCUCUCCACUGCUGCGGGCGUCGCUUCCGCACAGAGUCGUACAGUCCCGAAGUUCCAACCGCUGGUGUCGAAAAUGGCUUCGGCUUUGGAAGGACAAAUUGCACUUGUAACGGGAGCAAGCAGAGGCAUAGGAAGAGGCAUAGCACUACAGUUGGGACAAUCUGGUGCAACAGUUUAUAUCACAGGAAGAAAGCCUGAAAAAAGUUUGCAGAGUAGAUACAGUAAUUUACCCACUUUGGAGAAAACAGCCGAAGAAAUUCGUCAAAGAGGUGGGAAUGCGGUGCCAGUCUACUGCGAUCACACUGACCACAAUGAUAUUGCCAAGCUUUUUGAGCGAAUCAAUACGGAAAACGGAGGAACACUAAAUAUUCUAGUAAACGCUGCAUUUUCCGGCGGAAAGGAUAUGGCUGAUUCUGGUUCAAUUCCAUUUUUUCAAGCGGACCCUUUACUGUGGGAUUCGAUCAACAAUGUUGGUUUACGGAAUAACUAUAUUUGCUGUGCGCACGCUGCCAAAAUAAUGACGAAGAAGAAAUCCGGUCUAAUCGUAAACAUUUCCUCCGCUGGUGCUCUACAGUACACCUUUAACGUUCCAUACGGUGUCGGUAAAGCUGCGCUUGAUCGUAUGUCGGCCGAUAUGGCAGUGGAGCUGAAUCCUUUCGGAGUUGCAAUUCUUUCGCUCUGGCCAGGCAUGGUGCGAACGGAAUUCUCCGGAAUACUAAGGAAUGAGGGCAAAUUGGAAAAAAUGGUUCAACAAUCGAAGGAAGCUCUAGACAAAGCAUUCGAACACAGUGAGUCAACAGAGUUCGUUGGUAAAUCCGUCGUUGCGCUGGCAUCCGAUAAGAAGAUCCUCAAAAAAUCUGGAAAAGUGUUCAUGACCUAUGAUCUUGCACGGGAGUAUGGCUUCAAGGACGAAAACGGAGAGUUGCCAAUGGACAUCCGUUGCGUCGCAACUGCUCUCGAGUUCUUUGGAUUCAAUCGAACUGCCUCCAUUAUGCCGUCUUUCCUCAGAAUACCCCUUUGGGACAACUCUGGUACCAUUCUUCGACCCCGAACGGAUGAAAGGCUUGGAUGGUUCCUGGGCGCUUUCGAAUCGUCGACCAUCCGUGCAGUCGCAGCGGAACCUCUGACCAACUACGGUGCAGCCGCCCUCAUGAUAAAUGAUGACUUUAGAAUGGAAUUAAAAAUGGAGAUGAAGUUUGUUUUACUUGUGUGUUUCGUCUCCACUGUUUCGUCGCUUCCAUUCAUUGGGUCAAUUCAAUCAGUAGCAGUUACCGGAAAACUCACCUGCAAUGGAAAACCAGCGGAAAACGUUAAAGUAAAGCUGUACGAGAAGGAAGUUUUGUUGGAUAAACUUCUUGAUGAGAAGUUCUCCGACUCCAAGGGAGUGUUCAACCUAUCUGGCAGCAAAAAGGAACUCACCACUAUUGAUCCGAAAGUGAACAUUUAUCACAAGUGCAACUACGAAGGAAUUUGCUUCAAAAAGAUCUCCGUCAAGAUCCCCAAGAACUUCGUGAGUGAAGGCGAAACUGCGGAGAAGGUGUUCGACAUCGGAGAGCUGAAUCUAGCCGGAGCAUUCUCAGGAGAAAGCACCGAUUGUCUGAAUUAG